AACAGAAACACUGAACAGACAGAAUCCCUCUGUUCAUGAACUUGACUAUGUUGGAGAAGUUCCCUGUGUCUGCUUCAGUGUAAACAGGAUUCCAUCUUUCCGCAGGUGCUUUUUCCUUCUGCUGUCAUGGGCGGAGUGUGUCUGUGCGCCUAUUCAUGGACUUGCAGACCAGUGCUGCCACUUUUUCUUAUUUUGGCAACGAUGUCGUGUUUGCUUCACUGCUCAGAGAGUCCUGCACCUGCCGUCGGUAAAAUGUAUCCACGGGGAAACCACUGGGCUGUAGGUCAUCUGAUGGGAAAGAAGAGCAUCAACAGCCUGCAGGACACACCCCAGGACACUGUCCAGCCCAGAGUGUCAGAAACGGCAGCUGGACCAGGGACCGCAGAUCUGGAUCCAUACCAGCGUCUGAUCCAGGCUCUGCUGCAACAGAAACCCCCCAGAAGAGAGAUGACGGCGCAAAGAGCAAACAGCAGGUGGAGGGAAGAGGAGAGGGACAAAUAUCUCAGAGAGAUGUCUGAGCUGCUCCUCCUGGCUUUGAACCUCCAAGACGACACCUCCUCCUGAAGACCAGUUUAUUUAAGGACAUGACACACCUCCAGUCACACUAUAUGUAUUUAUUUUUCUGCUGUAAGAGUAAUAUAUAAACCAAAUACCACUUAAUAUGACCAGUUAUUUAUCAUUUAUAUACAUAUCCUAC